ACCGGAAACAGAUGGAGAGGAAGAAGUUGAAGUUUGUUGUGAUUCCGGAUAAAAAGACCCGCACCGGUGACCAGUAUAACCAGUAAGCGUUGUCAGGCGCUGGGAAGCGGCAGCAUGUCAGUCCACUUUGAGGAGAGGAGCGGGGUUGUCCCGUGUAAGACACCGUGGGGGUCCUGGUACCAGACCAUGGAGGAGGUCUUCAUCGAAGUCCAUGUGCCUGCAGGGACUUCUGCUAAAGAGGUGAAGUGCCGCUUAGGAAGCAGAGACAUCGAGCUGCAGGUCAGAGGGAAGGAAAUAUUCAAGGGAAGGUUGUUUGACAUGACCGUGUCUGACGAGGCCACAUGGACGCUGGAGGACAAAUGUCUAAUCCGGAUUGUCCUGAUGAAGACGAACAGAGAAGCAGGGAACUGCUGGACCUCGCUGCUGGAGAGCGAGUACUGUGCGAAUGCCUGGGUCCAGGACCAGAUGCAGAGGAAGCUCACGCUGGAGCGGUUCCAGAGAGAGAAUCCUGGAUUUGACUUCAGUGGGGCAGAGAUUUCUGGAAACUUUGCUGGCGGAGGUCCAGAUUUUUCCAGCUUACAGCAGUGACAGUCUCCUCUCUCCUGACUUCCAGCAGCGGAUCUACUUUAUUUUUCCUUUGAGAACAGGAAAUCGGUUCCAGCCAGACAGAUUGACCAUAAUGUGGAAAAGUUAGACUCUUCACAGCAGUGUCUCCUUCUGGAUUGCCUCAGUCACAGGGAACUUUUUGUAGACCUUGUUUGACAAGUUGUGUUGCUAAAAUACGAAGAAUCAAGACUACUUGUAAAAAAAAAAAAACACUUAUUGCCUUCUAAUAAUGAGAAUGCACUCAAGUGUAGCUUUUCAAUAAAUUUUUAUUGAAAGGUGCACAAACAUAAGGUCAGAUUGUGUAUCUCUUUGACCAUUUUGAACUCCAGAACACGUUUUAUUUCUCCUCACUAAUAAAAUGUAUUACACUGGGAAAUUGGUAAAGAAAAUGCAAAACAAGUUCCGACCUACAUUUCCACGGCAGUGCCCACUUUUCUUCAACUAUAACCAAUCGAGUUAUACUGUGGAGGCUUUGUGCGUCCAAAUAACUGACAGGAUCGCCACCAGCUUCACUUUGCUGGUUAAAAACCAGACUUCCUUCGCCAAAAAACAAAAAAAAAAGUCAUCACCUUGGGUAGGAGUGUGCAUUCAGGACAGCUUAGCAACCUAGGGUGAGAGUUAAGGAUUUUGGGCCCGAUUUCUUGGUUCCAUUUUUGCUGAUCACAAAAUCCUUCUCCCUCCUCUUCCACAUGGUGGACUGAGGACCUAGGUGGUUCAAUACUUUUAGCUUAAAACCAGCAACCCAUACCAAAAUCAUCUGGGUACGGAUUAAAACAAGAACAUACUGUACACCUGUGCAGGCAACUCAACCAGGAAAGUAUAACUUAACAGGAUGUGGGAGGGGUGGAUUGGCUGAUUUGACAAAGCAGUAUUCCUUGUUAUUGGAAAAGGUGGGGGGGGAAAAAAAAAAAA